AGUGCAAUGCGCGCUUUCGAAUAACAAAGUACGUCUUCAGAACGUUAAGAGAAUAUCUUUUGGAGUACACGAACCAAGAAGAGCGAGUGUUGAGUGAGUGUGUGUGGAAGCGCAGAGCCGGUCAAACUUAAACUUUUAAAUUAUUUUUAUUUAUUUUGUGUAACUAUUUAUUUGUUACGCGUUGUUAGUUUUUAUGAUUCUAUACGAAACUUUUCGUUAUUUUUGUAUGUUGUGGUUGUUUUGUGAACUGUGGUUUUCGCUUACUUUGAAAAGGAUACGCAUGAAUAGUAAAUGUGGCAGCGAUCUCACAACUAUCAAAAGCAACAAUGUCACGGCACGUCAGAUCAUCCUCAACAGCAUUGCCAAAACCAACGAAUCGGCGAUAUCGUUGGAGGUACGCUUCGCAAGCUACCACUAACCCAGAAAUCGCAACACACCUACCCUUCUCAUCCUCAUUUACACUUUCCGCCCCCACCUAAUUAUCCACCUACUACAAAUCCACAACAAAACGAUCAAGCUUGCCUUCCUCCAACUUGUUCCGUAAUGGCGGAGGAAUUUUUAGCAAUCCCAGGACCUUCUAGUCAACCGGAUCCUCCGUGGCCUAAUAUGGAUUAUAGUUACGCAUAUUACGAACCAGGACCGCCCACUAGACACACCAAUGUGCCCAGUAAUUAUCCAGGUACUUAUAGAGAAGGUUCCUACAGGAGCAAUCAUACUUAUCUAACCAGGUAUGGUACUGAGGAAAAUAUUUACGAAGAAAUAAGUGAUUUAGCUAAAGCUAGACGUCAACAAGCUCACCAAGAUUCUAUAAUGUCUCUAAACCAAAGCCUAGUCGAAGAAGAGGUACGCCGUGUACAACACGGUCACCGUAGGGUACUUGGCGAGUUAAAUCUAUCAGUGGAAGCCAUGCUGAUGCCUUCUAAUUCGCAAGAAGGUAGUGACGAUACAGAUCGCGAAAAUGAAAUGGACGAUCAACUAGCGGAUUUAUUGACGGUCGGUCCUACUGACGAAUUACUUAGUCCCGCGCCUUUAGUGGACUUGGAUAGUGGUUUUAGUGGUAGUUCGAGUGGUGCUAGUUACAGAAGUGCAGCCGGUAGUUUGAGACGUGGACCUGAAAGGGGUAAAAGUACGGCUUCGUAUAAUCCGAGGAGUGCUACGCCUGCUGAAACCCCGAGCAAAGGGUUUUGGGGAAAGAAAGCGUGGAAAAAAAUUACCGCUUUUCCGAGUAAUAUCAGUCUCAAUAAAAGCAAAGGUAAGAAUGUCGACCAAAGUCCAGUGGUUUAUGAGGUGAAGAAUAGAAAAGUUAGAUGGAGCCGUAAAAUCAAAGAUGAACCACGAAUCCGAUCUGGAACUUGGGAGGAGCCAGCAUGUGAACACAGAGUGGCGCCAACUCUCGCACAAACCCGCACCCUGCAACACACAGGUUCUCAGAGAAGUUCUGAGGAGAGUUGGUGUUCGGGGUCCGAUCCAGAACUGUCUUCCGACGAAGAAAGUGAUCGAAGCGCUGCCUCCAGUAAUAGAAGUACUAACGGUCAGCUCCGCAACACGUUAAAUAAAGCGCGAACAUUGUGUGAUAAAUGGAGGGGAAGUGGAGGCAUAGGUUCAAAUAAUAGACUGUCUCUCGACAGUGCUUUAUCUGUCGACACUUCCCCUCAAAAUCACGGUAGAUUAUCAAGAUGGUUUUCAAUAAGAAGAGGAAAUAAUCAUCAAUACGACAUUGAAAAUGCAGACGUCCAAAGAAACACGCCAAAUUCGAACAAAAUGCCCCAAUUGCCCGAAGUUGAAGAAGAAACCGGAUUUCAUUUCGCCAGCUGUAAUUCUUCCCAAAGACGACAGUUGCCACCUAGUUUACCGCAACCACCUCCUAAUUUAACCCCCUUACAGUUAAAAAGGAGGAUGAUAGUAUCAGCCAUUGUACAUAGUGAAAAUUCUUAUAUAGCUACUUUACAAAGGCUAGUAAAUGAUUAUAAAAAGCCUUUAGAAGAAAGUAAUCCACCGGUUUUAAGUAAUUCAAAAAUACAUACUUUGUUCCAUAGGCUCCCGGAAAUUUUACAGUGCCAUACUCUUUUUCGAAUAGCUAUAGCAGAAUAUGUCAGAAAUUGGGAUAGAGACGAAAAAAUCGGCGACGUGUUCAUUGCUUCUUUUUCUAAGGCCAUCGUUUUAGACAUCUAUAGCGGAUUCAUCAAUAAUUUUUCAGUUGCUAUGGAUCUGGCAAAAAUGGAAGCUAAGAGAAAAUCAGCACUUGCUGAUUUUUUAAAGGUGAAACAGAUCAGCUCCCCUGAUCGGUUAUCAUUUUUUGGUUUGAUGGUGAAACCCGUUCAAAGAUUCCCGCAAUUUAUUUUAUUUUUACAGGAUCUAUUAAAAUAUACACCUCAUGGUCACCACGACAGAAUGUCUCUACAAUUGGCUUUAACUCAACUCGAAUCAUUAGCAGAGAUGCUUAACGAACGAAAAAGAGAGGCAGAGCAGUACCAAGCUUUCAAAGAAAUGUUACGAAACAUCAGCGGAAAAUUCUCAGUGAGACCACUAUCGGACAGUAAUCGAUACCUUUUGAGAGAAGAUAACGUUACGCAAUUGGAAUAUAGUCAAAAUGGUAUGAUAACAAAAGCCAAAAGCAGAAGACUUCUUCUACUUAACGAUUUGGUUGUAUGCGUAGCGGUAGCUUCCAAAUCAGCUGACGAUUUCAGCAACAACGAAAGACUGAGUCUGAAAUGGACCUAUCCUGUAUCUGAUAUUGAAAUUCAAGAUACCAGCGCCUCGCCGACCCUUAGUAGACUAUUAACAUCGCAACAAUCGAAAGGAGGUAGUGUCAAAUCGAACGGAUCGUUUGAAGGUACUCCUCCACAAGAUGCAAAUAAUUUGUGCGCUGAGAUGAGCAAUUUAAUGCACGAUUAUGAAGUUAUUAGUAGAAUAAGUGAUCUGACAAGUCAACUGAAAGGCAACUACAAAGACAUUAAUUUGGAUAACGCAAGAAAGAUUCUCCAUCAAAUCCAAAGUUCCAUCCAACAAAAAGAUGAAGAAAUGGCGUGGAUGGAUUCUUGUUGUUUGCAAUUAGUAGUGAAAACCAAAGGCAAAGAAGAAAUUUUCACGUUUCAAACCGAUAAUCCUAAUAUCAAGAAAGACUGGAUAACAGAAUUAAGAUUGGCCCAAUUAGCUUUGGAUCCUAAUAAUUCGCCAGCUUGGGAAGUACCUGAGCAAGAACAAAGGCCUUCUACAAAGAUGCCGCUGUUUGUGAAGUCGCAGAGUGUUUAUACCUCACAGCAUCAAACCGAGGUACGCUGUGGUUGUUACUAUACUGUAACUUUACCAAAAACAACCAAGAGAAGACAUAGGAACCAGAACUACUUAUGGGUAUGUACAACAGACGGCGCUAGUAGUCAUAUUUCUGUAUUAGCACAACAUCAUCAACAAGCGGGUGUUUUAAAAGAUUUAACUACAUUUUCAUUGGUCGAAACUCAGAUAACUGCCAUGGAAUUUGUGAAAGGUUCUUCACCUCCUUGUCCUAAUCUAGCCACUGAUACCGUAUGGGUGGGAACAGACAGACACAAAUUACACCUCUAUGCCGCCGAUGAACCCGAAAAACAAGAAGAAAUAACCAAUACGAUUGUUUCCGACGUCAUAAUGCAUAUUAAAUACCACUGUGAUAACGUUUUUGUGGCAUUAGCCAAUGGAACGAUAUGUAUAUAUAGAAAAAAUCCCAUAGAUGGUGCUUGGCUCAUCCAAGAACCACAAUUAUUGAAUUUAGGUACUGAUCCGGUCUCCUGUUUAUUACCUAUAAAUCUAUCUCUUUAUGCUGCAUGCGGAAAGAAAGUUUGGGUACUAAAUGGUAUUACCGGCGAAGUACAAAAGAAUUUUACUAUUCAACACGAACAUUUCGGAAAUGUCAAUUUAAUGGCGCAUAGCGGCAUCGGAUUAUGGAUAGCUCAGAAAAAUUCUAGUACUAUUUGUUUAUAUCAUACUGAAACGUUUAAACACCUACAAGACAUCAACAUAGCUUCAAUUGUGAUGAGAAUAAAUGGUUCUCUUGGCCCGCGAGAUUCAUUGAAUAACAAUAGAUCUGUUGUAUUUGUUACUGCCCUUUUAGCGUGCAAAGGGUUAUUAUGGGUAGGAACGAAUGUAGGUAGAGCUCUAACAAUACCAUUGCCAAGAUUGGAAGGAGUACCGAUUAUAAGUGGAAGAGUUAACAUAUCUUAUCACGCUCAUUUCGGACCUAUAUCUUUCUUGUUAGCUCUCCAACCAAAGAAUUACAACAACUCGACUAUGAAAACUGUUAUAAAUAAAGAAGAAACUAAACCCGAGCCUGAAAGUAUGAGUAGCAGUUUUACUGAUAAAUUUGAUGAGAGUCCAAAUCGGCCUAAAAUGGAAAAACAGUUGUCAGAUAGUUCGAUGCAGAGUGUAUCGUCAAAAUUGAAAUACUUAGCUAGCAGUCCUGUUGUAUUGAGAAAAAGAAGAAGCAAAGAAAACGAUUUAGCAAGAAUAUCUAAAACUUUACCUAGAGGUUUGGGUAAUGGAGGAUCGAUAUUUUCAUCCUUGAGUACAUCCUCACAAAGUUCCGGCGAUACUAACAACGUCUACGGUCUCUACAGUGAACUGAUGUAUGUUAAAGAUUACGAACGCGAAGACAACAUCCUUACUGAUCCGGUAUACGAAUCACUCCGUCGCAGCGAUCCUGAACUAGCUCUACCUAACAAAGUAAGCACAUUAGAUCGAAGAUUGAAAAUGAAAGUCUCCAGACCGAGAUCGCUAGAUUUGUCGAAUUGGUCGGUGGAUUCUCGAUCUUCUAGUCUGUGUACUUCUUCGGGAUCUGAGGAAAGCAUGGCGGUGAGGUUGAAUAAUUUAGCGCGUAGUGUAUCACGAAAUAAUUCGAAUGCAUCUAGACAACUGAACGGCGUUUGUGAGAAUGUGGUAGAAAAAGAAAUUAUUUUAGAAAAAGAAGCUGCUAGUGUUAAACAAAUGAACAAUAGGACAUUGAGUAAAAAUAAUAAAAACAAUAAUUUUGAUAAUGGCAGACGGACUGUAAUAACAUUAAUGGGCGGUAGGGGUUACAUCAAUUACAGGCAGCCGUGUUGUUCCGCUGAUAAAGUGAAAUCCGUCAUAGUUGGCAAAGAUGCCAAUUGUAAUGAUGCUCAUAUCGUUAUAUGGGAGUUGAAAUUGUGAUCAGCUUAGGACAAAAGAAACAAUUUUAUUGUUUGGUUUGAAUUAGAAAAUUUUACUUGAUCAUUUAGUUUGGGUACAAAGUAAGUCACAUUUUAUAGAAUGAAUUUAUCACUCGAAUAAACUAUUGAAAAUUAUUGAAUUAAGAAUAGGGAAAUAAUAACUUCCUUUUUGUUAGAAAGACAAUAAUAGUAUUUAUUUUUAUAUUUCGGUAUUUUUAAAGUCCAUUGUAUGUAAAGUAUUGCAUUUUAUUUGUAGCUUUAAUGAAUAAUAAUAAUAACUUCUAUCUAGAAUCUAUCAAGUAAUAAUAUAUGACUUACCCAGUGUAUACAAAAUACUAUUAUGAUGUGGUAAAUUUUUCUCCACCAGAAUAAAUGUGUACUUUAGAUAACAUAUUAUAAAUGUCAAUAUUUUUAUGGCCUAAAAAAUUAUAAUACAAGAUAGGAAUUUUUCCAAGUUUUAUAUUUUAAUUUAUUUUGUUGUCAAAUGGCGUUUUCCUUUUAUUAAAGUUAAUUUAUUAUUUUUCAAUAUUUUCUCAUCACUUUAUAUAAAAAAUGUCCGGAAAAUUCAUGAUAAUAUUAACCAAUCCAAAUCCAAUCCAAUCCAUUAACCACAUUCAAAAAAAAAUAGUCUGAAUAGACUUAAUUGAUUAAUUUAAUAUUGUAGUUUUGAAAUGAAUCACAACUUUUUAACCUUUCUAUUAUUGUAUUACAAUUGGAUACAAAAUUUUUAAAAUUCACUUUUAAAAUAACUGAAUAUUUUCAGAAAGAAAUCCACUAUUCCAAGAAUUGUUGAAAAUUAAUAGAAUAUUAGAAUAAACAUUAUAUUUGAAAAUAAAUCAAAACUAUGAUAACAUCAUGAAGAAAUAAAAGUUUAUAUUUUUUCAAAUUAUACCAGACAUUUUUUUUGUAUGUUAAUUUUGGCAAUAUUUUUAUAAGGAUUUGUAAAAAACGUAUCCACAAUUGUAUAUUUUAUAUUAAAUACCUGUCCCUGUUAUUUUUUCAAAGUAGUUGCAUGUUUAACUAUAAUAAAUUUAUUAUUGUUCGCUGUGUUAUAUCAGAGAAUAUAUUAAAAUAAAUGAUAAAAUCCAA